AUUUAAUUACAUUAUUUUCUGAAGAUGUAUAUUGGACGGAUAAGUAAGUAUGUAUGAAACAUUUUCCAUGAAAAAUUAGAAGAGGUUUGAAGGGUAGUUAGCGCAACCCUAAAAGCCGAUUCGAUUUGAAGCUGUGCACCUAACAUAUAUAUAUUAAUUGGUUUUGCACAAUUUUGUACUUACAUUCAUUAUAAUUUGUAGAGUGUUCCUAAAUCAUGGGUAGCAUGAAUAGAGAGAGUGAUGGUUACACUCUAAUCGAAUCGCUAUUGCCAGAACAAGUAUCGAAAGAGGAAGAACGACUUGGAAACAAGAUUUGGAUCGAAACGAAGAAACUAUGGCUUAUUGUGGGUCCCUCUAUUUUCAGCCGCGUCGCUUCCUUCACCAUGAACGUCGUUACUCAAGCCUUCGCUGGUCACCUUGGUGACGUCCAACUUGCCUCCAUUUCCAUUGCUAAUGCUGUCAUCGUUGGUUUUAAUUUCGGCCUUCUUUUGGGGAUGGCAAGUGCGUUGGAGACACUAUGCGGACAAGCUUUUGGGGCAAAAAGAUACAACAUGUUAGGAAUUUAUCUACAGAGAUCAUGGAUUGUUCUAUUCCUAUGUUGUUUUCUAUUGUUACCAUUUUACAUUUUUGCCACUCCGAUUUUAAAAUUCCUAGGACAACCUGAUGACGUGGCAGAGUGGAGUGGUAUUGUCGCUAUUUGGCUUAUACCUUUGCACUUUAGUUUUGCAUUUCAGUUUCCUUUACAGAGGUUUUUGCAAUGCCAGCUCAAAACCUCUGUUAUUGCUUGGGUUUCUUUGUUGGGUUUGGUGAUUAACGUUGUCACUAGUUGGCUAUUGAUUUAUGUUUGGGAUUUUGGACUUAUUGGUGCUGCUAUUGCUUUGGAUGUUUCUUGGUGGGUUUUGGUGUUUGGUAUGCUUGGUUACACUGUUUGUGGUGGAUGUCCUUUAACUUGGAAUGGUUUUUCAAUGGAAGCCUUUUCUGGACUUUGGGAUUUCUUCAAACUCUCUUUUGCUUCUGGAGUCAUGCUUUGUUUGGAGAAUUGGUACUACAGAAUAUUGCUACUUAUGACUGGCCAAUUGAAGAAUGCCACUGUUGCUGUUGAUGCCUUGUCGGUAUGUAUGACUAUCAAUGGGUGGGAAAUGAUGAUUCCCCUUGCUUUCUUCGCUGGUACCGGGGUAAGGGUGGCAAAUGAACUAGGUGCAGGAAAUGGGAAAUCAGCAAAAUUUGCAACACAAGUGUCAGUGGUACAAUCAACAGUAAUUGGAUUGUUGUUCUGCAUUCUGAUAAUAAUAUUCCAUCGGCAGUUUGCAUACAUUUUCACCUCGAGCACUUCUGUGCUUCAAGAAGUGGAUGGCAUGUCAAUCCUCUUAGCACUCACCAUUCUUCUCAAUAGUAUUCAACCUAUUUUGUCUGGAGUGGCUGUUGGUUCGGGAUGGCAAGUAUUUGUGGCAUACAUUAAUAUAGGAUGUUACUACCUAAUUGGCCUCCCUCUUGGAAUUCUAAUGGGAUGGGUGUUCAAUACUGGUGUUAGUGGGAUUUGGGGUGGGAUGAUACUCGGUGGCACAGCAACUCAAACAGUGAUACUUAUUAUAGUAACACUACGAUGUGAUUGGGAAAAGGAGGCGGAGAACGCUAGCUCACGUGUAAACAAGUGGUCUACCACUAACCCGGAUGACCAAUUGCAGAUAUCCAACUAAUACUCCUUAAAUUGCACAUAAUUUACUGAUCGUCAAAAAUAUAGGAAUAGAAGAAGUGUAAGUGAUGAAGCAUGUGAUUGUGUUUCGAAAAGGGAAGAAGAUGAAGCUAGCGUGCGUGAUUUUAUUCGGUCAUUCUAUCUUUGAAAAAAUAUUUAUUCCUAGUGAGCAUUAGCUUGUUAAUGGAAAAGUAUUCAUCAUUAUUUUUUAUUAAUAAAAUAUUAAUUAAUAAAACUAAUUAUGUCAUAAAAUACUUAUUAAUUAUUGGUUUUUUUAUCUGUAA